AUGAGGCCAAAGACUUUUCCUGCUACAACUUAUUCUGGAAACAGCAGGCAAAGAUUACAAGAGAUUCGUGAAGGUUUAAAGCAGCCUUCCAAAUCGUCAGGUCAGGGAUUACCUGUUGGACCAGGCAGUGAAACUUCUCUGGACCCUAAAAUUUUAAUAGGGAAAGAUGCUGCCAGGCAGCAGCAAAUGAGACCAACAGCCAAGUUUGGACCUUAUCAGAAAGCACUACGAGAAAUCAGAUAUUCUUUGUUGCCUUUUGCUAAUGAGUCAGGCACCUCAGCAUCUACAGAAGUAAAUAGGCAGAUGCUGCAGGAAUUGGUGAAUGUAGGCUGUGAUCAGGAGAUGGCUGUACGAGCUCUGAAGCAGACAGGCAGCAGAAGCAUUGAAGCAGCUUUGGAGUACAUUAGUAAGAUGGGCUAUCUGGAUCCUAGAAAUGAACAGAUAGUACGUGUGAUUAAACAGACCUCGCCAGGAAAGGGUAUUGUGCCAAAUAACGUAGCCCGCAGGCCAAGCUUUGAAGGAUCAAAUGAGUCUUUUCCGUCCUAUCAUCAGAUCAGUAAUACAGCCUAUGAAGGGACAAGCUUUGGAACAGAAGGUGCAAAUAUGCUUAGUGACGUUCCCAGGACAUACAUGGACUAUUUACUCUCUGCUUCGCAGUCUGCAGCCAUGAAUGCUGCAGUACAAAGACCUUCGGGAGUAGGCUCUCACAGCACACCUGGGAGCCAUCAACAAAAAACAUAUUCUGCAAAUAUGGACUCUCCUGUGAUUAAUUAUCCACUGCAGGCCACUCAUGGCUCAAACAGCCCGCAUUACAGCAGGCAGCAUAUGAUGGUGCAGGGGGAACCUAUGGGGUAUGGUGUUCAGCGAAGUCCAUCUUUCCAAAAUAAAAUGCAGCAGGAGGGAGGAUAUGCAAAUCUUCCAAAUAAAGGGACCGUUCAAAAUAACUCUGGUCAUGCAUUUCAGCAGGCACCAGCCAGUCUGUAUAUACAUACUCAUCACAAACAAACAAGCCCUUCCCCUCACCAGAUGCAUGUGAUAGCCAGAGGUCCAGCAUUUGCUAAUGACUUUUCAGACAGCCCACCACAGAAUCUAAUAGCUCCAUCUAGAAAUAGCUUGAACAUGGACCUGUAUGACAUGAAUAAUCCUCAAGUUCAGCAGUGGCAAACGGCAGCACCAUCACACCGUGAUUCUUUACAAAACCCAGGAAUAGAAACAUCCCCACGGCAACAUGUAUCCUUCAGACCAGAUGCCUCAGUGCCAAGCAGAACUAACUCCUUUAACAACCACCAGCAGCAGCAAGUGCCGGUAUCUAUAAGACAGGUUCCUCCAGGAAAACCUGAUCCUUCAAUUACAUCUCCAAAUACCAUCACAGCAGUCACAUCUGCUCAUAUUCUCCAACCAGUGAAGAGCAUGAGAGUGAUGAGACCUGAGCCUCAAACAGCUGUGGGGCCUUCCCACCCUGGCUGGCUACCUGCACAAGCCCCACCUGUGGACAGCCUAGAGAUCAUUGAACAGCACCCACUUCCUGUUGGAGGAGCUAAUGCCUACCAACUAGAUGUUGAUUACAGUAAUCAGGAGCCCAGGUGUCCUCCACCACCAUAUCCUAAGCAUCUGUUACUUCCUGGUAGCUCUGAGCAAUUUGAUAUAAACUGUUUGUGCAUGGGUGUAGAACAGACCCUCCGGGGAGUCCCCAAUUCAACGUGCAAUAAAGCUGAGGAAAAUAGUGAAAGAAAUGACAAAAGCAGCAAAAAUGCUAAAGUUGAAAAAACAAGCAAGGAUAAAAAGCAGAUCCAGACAUCUCCUGUGCCAGUGCGAAAAAAUAGUAAAGAUGAGGAAAAAAGAGAAUCCCGAAUUAAGAGUUACUCACCAUUUGCCUUCAAGUUCUACAUGGAACAACAUGUGGAGAAUGUCCUAAAGACCUACCAGCAAAAAAUCAACAGAAGGUUACAGCUGGAGCAAGAAAUGGCCAAAGCUGGCCUUUGUGAAGCAGAGCAGGAGCAAAUGAGGAAAAUUCUCUACCAAAAGGAGUCCAACUACAACAGACUGAAGAGGGCCAAAAUGGAUAAAUCUAUGUUUGUAAAAAUCAAGACCCUAGGUAUUGGUGCUUUUGGGGAAGUGUGCCUUGCCUGCAAAGUGGAUACCCAUGCCCUCUAUGCCAUGAAAACCCUGAGAAAGAAGGAUGUACUGAAUCGUAACCAGGUGGCUCACGUCAAAGCAGAAAGGGAUAUACUUGCUGAGGCAGACAAUGAAUGGGUGGUGAAACUCUAUUACUCUUUUCAAGAUAAAGAAAAUUUGUACUUUGUGAUGGACUACAUCCCUGGUGGGGACAUGAUGAGUCUGCUGAUACGGAUGGAGGUCUUUCCAGAACAUCUAGCUCGUUUUUAUAUUGCAGAGCUCACUUUGGCCAUAGAGAGCGUACACAAAAUGGGAUUUAUCCACAGAGAUAUCAAGCCUGACAACAUUUUGAUAGACCUUGAUGGGCAUAUCAAACUGACUGAUUUUGGGCUCUGUACUGGAUUCAGAUGGACUCACAAUUCAAAGUACUAUCAGAAAGGGAGCCAUAGCAGACAAGACAGCAUGGAGCCCAGUGAUCUUUGGGAUGAUGUGUCCAACUGUAGAUGUGGCGAUAGGUUGAAAACCUUGGAGCAAAGAGCCAAAAAGCAGCAUCAGAGAUGUUUAGCCCACUCAUUAGUUGGGACCCCCAAUUACAUAGCUCCUGAAGUACUGCUUCGCAAAGGAUACACUCAGCUCUGUGACUGGUGGAGCGUUGGGGUGAUUCUCUUUGAGAUGUUAGUGGGGCAGCCUCCCUUUCUGGCCCCCACUCCCACAGAAACCCAACUAAAGGUGAUAAACUGGGAGAGCACACUGCACAUUCCCUUGCAGAUCAAGCUAAGCCCUGAGGCAAGUGAUCUUAUCACAAAACUCUGCUGUGCUGCUGAGGAGAGACUUGGAAGAAGUGGAGCAGAUGAUAUUAAGGCCCAUCCUUUCUUUAACUCAAUAGACUUCUCCACUGAUAUCCGCAGACAGACAGCUCCCUAUAUUCCAAAGAUCAGCCAUCCAAUGGACACCUCAAAUUUUGACCCAGUUGAAGAAGAAAGUCCUUGGAAUGACACUAGUGGGGACAGUACGAGGACAUGGGACCCACUAGCCUCUUCAAACAGUAAACACACAGAGCAUGCCUUUUAUGAGUUUACUUUCCGAAGGUUUUUUGAUGACAAUGGAUAUCCAUUUAGCUACCCAAAGCCUUCUGGAAUUGAAUCUAGCCAGUCUGAGAAGUCUGAUGCAGAAAACAAAGAUGUGGUGGAUCAGACUGGAGCCUGUCAACCUGUAUAUGUGUAA